AUGCCUAGGAAGAAAUCAUUAAAGCUCAAUAACACUGGGUGUAUAUUUUGUUCUGAAGUUGAUGAUUAUCCACUAUUAGGACCUAUUAUUGAGAAAAAUGGUUUCAAAGUGCAUACAAAUUGUAUAUUUGCCGCCAGCGGUUUAUCUCAGACGAACAAUGAGAAUGAAUCCCCGGACGAUUUCAUAGUUGGAUUCGCUGUUUCUUCAAUUCUCAAUGAACUUAGACGCGGUCGUAGCUUAAAGUGUUCGGUAUGUCGUCUCCCCGGAGCAUGUGUUGGAUGUGUUGUUAACACUUGUCACACCACCUUCCAUCUUCCAUGUUUAAUUAAAGCUCAAGGGAUAACGAUAUUUGAAGGCAACUUUCCUUCCUACUGCCGCCGCCAUGCCAACAGACAGAAUUUAGAUGGCUGGUUGACGCAAUGCAAGGAACCUCCCUCUUGUUGUAUCUGUCUGUUCUCAAUUGUACCAGACAAAGAUUUCGAAAGUAGUUGUCUGCCCAUAAAAAGACAAAAGUCUGUACCCAUUCAUUCUUCGGCAGCAAAAGAAAAUGUUCCAGUCCUCAACGAAACCAGGCGUACAAGACGGUCUUGUGUGGCUCCUUCAACUCCUAAACGAAUUACUGUUUCAAACGGGAUGUCUUCUGUUAAGAGAAGAUAUUCUCAAUCAGAUACAUCUACUUGGGAGUUACCCGGUUCUUCCUCUUCGGAGCCCGAAGAACAAAAUCCUGUUCAACAACAUAAAACACCCAAAGAAUCUGUUACACUACCUUCAUCAAUGUCACAUAUUCCUGGGUGGUUGACUGACUACUUUCUGAGUCUUGCUCCUGAAAAGAGGCUUCCUGUCUUUGAGGCAUGGAAACACCACACUAUCCAUGGGCUCUGUUGUCCUUUAUCGUGGAUGCAUAGAAAUUGUAUUGCAGGUUUUGCUGUUUCUGCUGCAUUACAUUACCUAAAAUGCCCUUACUGUGCAAAUAGAGAAAUAUUCAUCAGGUCCAUCAUCGAUACUGGUAUAUGGGUCCCAGAUCAGGAUGCAGCCUGGGAAUUGGAACCAGGGGCUUAUGCAGAUCUUGUUCCCAUUAGCGAAUGUUCCUCUAAUGAUGAACCACAAAGUAACGAUACAUCCACUACAUCAUCUCAGUGUGAUUGCAAUCGGUGGAGCCAAAAAAAUGUCAGCCAUGCGGCGCACGUUACACAGACUGCGGGUGUACGAGUUGAGUAUGCAUCAUCCAGUGGAUCACCGUCUACAGAUCAGGAGCGUGUUCCAGUACUUUCACUUAUAUGGAACAACCAAAACUUCAAAAAACGUCGUGGAAGAAAGCCUUCAUCUAGACGUCGGACGCAAAUAUCUCAAGCCGUUCCAAAUACACCUGGACCAACUCGUGUUUCUCGUAGGCACACGUCCAUUACAACACGAAGUAUUCAGGAUGAUCACUCUCCUAAUAGUGCUUUAAAUGAGAGCAGACUACGUCAAGUAACCUUAGGAUCUUUUCUUUCUGUUAGGACUCAGACUUCCCGCCACACUGGGUAGGUUCCAUGUUCAUUACACAGUAUUUUUGGCAAGCUUUUGGGAACAACUAGAACGUUCAAAUAAAGCAUAUUGUAAUCUUACUAUCCAUGUGAUUUGAAGUUGAGUCAACCAACUGUUCGGAAGAGACUGGAUUUUCUUCACUUUUCUUGGUAGAUUUUAUUAACUGAUCCUUGAUUUUCUUAAAGCUACGUCUACGUCUAAUCGCACGAAACCGUCUUUUUGAUUUACUUCGAAUACUUUUGGUCAUUAUAAACAGAUCCUUUGAUUGCCAGGUAGUCCAAAAAUGUAUGUCA